UUUUUGAGCGAGUCCUGGCCGCUGUCCUCUCCGAACUUCACCAUCGUCGACCACAUUCUCCGGCCCCUCUUGCUCACUAUGCUCCGUAACGCCAUUGCACAGGCCGCCAAGCCUGCCCUUCGUGCUAGGACUGCUACCACACUGUCCGCCGGUUUCCCCAAGGCCACCGCUGCCUCUCUUCCUGCCAAGCAGUACGGCGGUGUCUACACUGUCACUUUGAUUCCAGGCGACGGUAUCGGUCAAGAGAUCACCGACUCCGUCAAGGAGAUUUUCGAACACGUCAACGCGCCCAUUGAGUGGGAACAGUACAAUGUCUCCGGCAUGUCCUCCGACGGUGAACAGCUUUUCAAGCAGGCCUUGGAAAGCUUGAAGCGUAACCGUGUCGGCCUCAAGGGUAUUCUCUUCACCCCCAUCUCCCAAACUGGUCACGUCUCAUGGAACGUCGCCAUGCGCCAGCAGCUCGAUAUUUACGCGUCUGUCGUUCUUUGCAAGUCUCUCCCUGGUUUUCCCACUCGCCACAGCAACGUCGAUUUUGCCAUCAUUCGUGAAAACACCGAGGGCGAGUACUCUGGCCUGGAGCACCAGAGCUAUCCAGGUGUUGUCGAGUCCCUGAAGGUCUCGACACGCGCUAAGUCUGAGCGUAUCUGCCGCUUCGCCUUCGACUUUGCCCUCAAGAACAACCGCAAGAAAGUGACUUGCGUCCACAAGGCCAACAUCAUGAAGCUUGGUGACGGUCUCUUCUUGAACACCUUCCGUCGCAUCGCGGAAGAGUAUAAGUCUACUGGCAUCCAAUAUAACGAUAUGAUUGUUGACAACACCUCCAUGCAGCUUGUUGCUCGCCCAGGCCAGUUCGACGUCAUGGUGAUGCCCAACUUGUAUGGUGCCAUUGUCUCGAACAUUGGUGCAGCUCUGGUCGGUGGCCCUGGUAUCGUCCCUGGUUGCAAUGUCGGCCGGGAAUACGCUCUCUUCGAGCCCGGAUGCCGUCACGUCGCCAAGGACAUCAUGGGUACCAACAGGGCAAACCCCGCCGCUAUGAUCUUGUCGGCAACCAUGAUGCUAAGGCAUCUGGGUCUGGACCACCUUGCGAACAACAUUGCCAGCGCAACCUUUGACGUCAUCAAUGGUGGCAAGGUUCGCACAGCCGACAUGGGCGGCUCGGCUAACACCUCUGAGUUCACCGACGCCGUCAUCAAGAACCUGUCUUAGACAAAGGAAGUCCUUUGGAUGACGUGAGCAGGCGAGAAGAAAAUUGAACAGGCGUACCAGGACAUCAUACCUAGAGAUAUUCAUGCUUGUAUCUGUACAAGCUCGUCCUUCUAGAUACACGCCGUGAUUCUCGAAGCAUAAUAUGUAUCGCACACUUACAGCUCGCUAUCUAAUCAGGUAUGCCUAGAAUAGUCGCUAUUUUCAAUUGCAUUGCUACUCAGCACUCAGCACCCGUCCUGUCUUUGGCUGCGGUGUCAGGGAAUCCAGGUCGACGGACGCGAAUACGUCGUCAGCAUCUAUAACUGCUUCGUACUCUUCUAACGUCAUUCCUCGAGACUUCUUGGGUUGAGGCCCGUCAAGGGCAUCGCCUUCUUUCAGCGUUCCUGUGCUGCCGUCAUCGUUCUCGACCUUCACGAUGUCUUCCAUCUUGAUUUUCUGGUCAUGCUGCAGUAUGGCCUCUUUUCGCCUUCGCUCAAGUAUCUUUGAACACCGCACCUCGCCUCUGCCACCCCAUCCGCGCACCUCGGGACGGAAGUCGGCAUAUAGGUAGUAGCCGCGCUUGUUAAGCUCCUCCGGUGGGAAGCUCUCCGCGAGGAGGCGAAGCGCACCGACAACGAACGCUGUAGUCUGCUGGAGUGCACGGGUGAUGUAUGAGAAGGCGGAGGCCGGUGCCACUGGUGACCCAGCGGAGAGUGCUCGCCAACUUGCGUUCGCCGUCCGGUACAAAGGUCUAUGGAGGGGGAUCGAA